AUGAAGUCUUCGACGCAGAAGAAAAGGAAGUCCGAUGUCAAUAUUGACUCUUCAUCAACGCUUCCAACGAAGAAAGAACGGCCAUGGUACGCAGAAGAGGCGUCUGGCGGUGGCAAGAUCUCAGUGGAAAAAGAGAGACGAAAAAGCAUCAUCGGACUAGGGAAAGGUCUACUGAAGAAGAUGCGUAGUUCAUCUGCGCUCAAGGAGCGCAAUAAUCGUGACUUGACAAUGACAAUGGCGUCGGCGAGCACCAGCAGGAUGCCUGUUUUUAGAGAGCCACCACUAAGUGUGUUGAUGGACCCUAUGCCAGAAGAAAGUUCGAAUACGUACGCAUCUUCCGCGCGGCUUCGCUGUGUACUCCCGGCUCGGGAGUUUGGAAGAGGAACAUCUCAUCGUGGAAGCGCACGAAGCAUGCCACCGGAGUCUGAUCUGAUUCGUGGACUGUGUAAUAGUGCCAUACGACGAACGUUUUCCUCGGUCUCAGAUAGCCUUGCCAGUCCACAACGUUUUGAUCGAUCGCGAUCUAUGCGACUACGAGAAAAGCUACUGCUGAGUGCCAGCAUGGCAGAACUGCCCGAAGAAGAGGUUGCUCCUCUUGCUACGUGUGAGGAAGGUGUUGAGGAAAAUAGAACUCCCGUCUGUGAUGUUGAAGGCUCUGGCCGAAGAAGUAGUCUUAUAUGGCUCCGCUCCAAAUCGAGGAUAUUUGGUUCGCGAAAGCGUGGUGAUGCUACAACUACACCCCUUGGUACCACUGCGUUAGUGCGGGGUUCGAACAACAAUUUGGCAGCGGACAUAAUAGGAAGAACUCCAGGUGGCAUAAUCAAGCGGUCCUCCACAAACUCAAAGACAGACAGCGAUCGUCCGCUACCUUCACAAGACGGGCGCUGCAGUGAUGUCUCAAGCGUGUUGCAGCAACAGGUUCGUUCUGAUCAAAAGAAGAAGGAGGCAGAUGAAGCAAAAUUGUUCUUGGAAAAGAUUAUUGUCUCCAAAGAGCCUGUGCGACAAGUACUAUACCGAGAUGGAUAUGAUGCGAUCGUUGUGGAUGUAUCUCCAACAGGGCUUCCAGUGUCCACCAUUGCGGCAGAAGUACUGGCAGGAGAUUAUGGUGUAGAACUGCAUAAAAGUGGGAUGUUCAACCCAUAUAAGAAUGGCAUUUUGAAGACGUCAGAGGGUAAACCAGAUAUAAUUUAUAUUGUAAGCGAAAAAGAAGAUACGGCUGACAAGCGUGUAAGAGUUGGAGUUGCAACAGGAAUGCGGGAAGCUUUUGAGAGUAAACGCCUCAAAAAAGUGUUGCUCUACCCAUUUUGCACGUCGGAAGAGGAGGUAGUAGCGGAUUUCCUCAUUCAGCAGUUCCUUUUGACUUCGUACAAAGCUCUGACGUGGAAUCCAAACGCGAGUUCUUUCGAUGGUAGUGUGACGCUAGCUGGUGUUACGGAGAAGGACUGUGAACAGAUGCAGCGUCUUUACGAAGAAUUGCUUAACACGGAAAUCAGACCGAAAAUCGCGGUCUAUGAAGCGCUGCAGGCGUCAGCAUCAGAUGUUUCACCGCCAGAAAAGGAGAGUGAGGUCUGA